GAAACCCUGUUGCGUGGAGUUGAUUGAGCAGAGUGACUGAUCGAUUAGCUUCUGGAAAUCUUGAAUCAUGGCCACGACUACUACCGGCGGUACGAAGGAUUCUGAAUUACCACCUUCGAAGUUACCAGCAGAUCAACAACAUGCGAUCGAGAAGUUUGGCAGUAUCAGUGGUAAUCAAGUUGGUACUUCAAGCAGUGAGAUCAGUUACUUGAAACAACUCGUUUCUGAACUAUCUUCAAAAAUCGAUGCUUUGGAAAAGCAAGCCACAGGUGGAGCUGAGCAAGUUGUUCAAUCUAUUAAGCAGACUAUGACCUCGACCCCCGCAGAGCAACUUCGCCUAGUCCUCAUGGGUCCUCCUGGCGCAGGUAAAGGUACACAGGCUCCAAAGAUCAAAGAAAAAUACUGCGUUUGUCAUCUCUCAACUGGAGAUAUGCUUCGGGAACAAGUUUCAAAAGGUACGGAAUUAGGUCAAGCUGCAAAGAAGAUCAUGGAUUCUGGAGGUUUAGUAAGCGAUGAGAUUAUGGUCAAUAUGAUUAAAGAUCAGCUAGAAAACAACCGAGAGUGUAGUAACGGUUUUAUAUUAGAUGGAUUCCCACGAACAGUUCCUCAGGCUGAAAAGCUUGAUGAAAUGUUAGCAGCCAAGAAGCAAGAUUUAGAUCUUGCUGCUGAAUUAGUCAUUGAUGACAACCUUUUGGUGAGCCGUAUCACUGGUCGAUUGAUUCAUCCUCAAAGUGGUCGAUCCUACCAUUUAGAAUUCAAUCCUCCAAAAGUCCCCAUGAAAGAUGACCAAACAGGCGAGCCUCUAAUUCAACGAUCUGACGAUAAUGCUGAAACGCUCAGAAAACGAUUAGGUGGUUACCAUAAGCAAACAGACGCAGUUGCUGGUUAUUACAAAAAGAAAGGCAUUUGGGUAGGAGUAGAUGCAGCUCAAAGUCCAUCAACAGUAUGGAGUAGUCUUUUAGACGCCUUUAAAAAUUGCCAUAAGCCGAAUGAUACUAAAAAAUAAAGUUGCUCAACAUAAAGGUUUUUUGUAUGUAGGAAACUUUCAUUUCUUGUGAAUUUGUUCCCAUGAUUUGAAGUUUCUUUCAUGAUAAUGUAAAAAGGCCUCAUUAUUACAAGUCAAUCCAAUCAAAAAAGCCUACACGUGUAUCUGAAUGUUAUUCAAAUCUUUACUCUGAGGACUUUCUUGUAGCUGAUCCUUUGAUAUCCCUCAUUGGAGCUAACUAUAUAUAUCCUUAUC